AUGUCCAAACAAACACUCGAGCUCCACUGGGGCAUCCUAGCCACGGGCGGAAUAGCGCAAACAUUCGCCAAAGACCUCUCCAUCGACCCCAAAACACGCAACGUAUCCACAAUCAAGCACUCCGUAGCCGCAGCCGCCAGCUCCUCCAGCAAAACACGCGCUCAGGAGUUUCUGAAAGAAGUCGACGCGCCCUCGUCAGCGAAGGCGUACGGUUCGUACGAGGAGCUGGUCAAGGAUCCAGAUGUGGAUAUUAUAUACAUAGCGACGCCGCAUAGCCAUCAUUUCCAGAACGCGAUGCUGUGUUUCGAGCACGGGAAGAAUGUGUUGUGUGAGAAGGCGUUGACGGUGAAUGCGGCGCAGGCGAGGGUGUUGGUGGAGAAAGCUCGCUCGAAGGAUCUUUUCUUUAUGGAAGCGGUUUGGACGCGCUACUUCCCGCUCUCGAUCUACGUUCGCGAGUUGAUCACAUCGGGGCAUUUGGGGUCUGUUCACCGCGUCAUUGCCGAUCUUUCUAUGGCUAUGGAUCCCGCAACCUCGUUUGCGGACGGGAAGUCGCGCAUGGUGAAUGUGGAUCUUGCUGGUGGCGCGCUGCUUGAUCUAGGCAUCUAUUCGCUGACGUGGUUGUUUCAAACGCUGUAUACGACCCAGCCGGAGUCUCAGCGUCGAAAGCCGAGUGUGCAGACGAUUAUGAGCCCGUUCAAGACGGGCGCUGAUGUUCAUACUUCGAUGAUUUUGGAGUUUCCUAGGGGUGAAGGGGAGGGGCCGGUGCAUGGUGUUGCGACGACUAGUAUGUUGGUCGCUGGGGACCCGGAUGGGAAGGGCUCGGCUGGUCCGACGAUUCGGGUGCAGGGGACGAAGGGGGAGGUUCAGGUCUUUCAUCCGGCGUUCAGGCCGGUGAAGACGAAGUUGGUGAUGAAGGAUGGGACGGUGGAGGAUAAGGAGUGGCCGCAGCCAGGGCCAGGGAAGGGGAGUGGGUUCUUCAAUAAGUUCGGGUCGGACAAGAGGGAGGAGGGAGAAGGGCAGGGAAUGUUUUGGGAGGCAGAUGAGGCGGGGUAUGCGCUGCUGGAGGGGCGGAAGGAGAGUCGGUAUCAGAGCCUUGAGGAAAGCGUUGUUAUAAUGGAGGUCAUGGAUGAGGUGAGGAAGCAAGGGGGUCUGAAGUAUCCGGAGAAGAUUGAGAGUGUAGAGUAUCCUUUGAAUCUGACUUGA